CAUAUGCUAUAAAUUGUCUGUCUUCAGGGUAUCAAAAAGCCUUUUACUGAGGUCAUUAAGGCCAACAUUGGUGAUGCCCACGCAAUGGGACAGAGGCCCAUCACCUUUCUUCGUCAGGUGGUGGCGCUAUGUACAUACCCAGAUCUGUUGGACAGCCCAAGUUUCCCAGAAGAUGCUAAAAACAGGGCCAGACGGAUCUUGCAGGGAUGUGGAGGAAAUAGUUUAGGGUCUUAUAGUGCCAGUCAAGGUGUAAAUUGCAUCCGUGAGGAUGUUGCAGCAUAUAUUGAAAGAAGAGAUGGAGGAGUUCCUGCAGAUCCAGAUAAUAUAUAUCUUACCACAGGGGCUAGCGAUGGAAUUGCUGCUAUUCUAAAACUUCUGGUCUCCGGAGGAGGGAAAACCCGAACUGGAGUGAUGAUCCCCAUCCCACAGUAUCCUUUGUAUUCAGCAGCCAUAUCUGAACUAGAUGCCAUCCAGGUGAACUAUUACCUGGAUGAAGAGAAUUGCUGGGCACUAGAUGUGAAUGAACUUGGUCGUUCCUUGAAUGAAGCUAAAGCAUACUGCAAUCCAAAGGUCCUUUGCAUCAUCAAUCCAGGAAAUCCUACUGGUCAGGUUCAAAGCAGACAGUGCAUUGAAGAUGUUAUACAUUUUGCUUGGGAGGAGAAACUCUUCCUUUUGGCUGAUGAGGUUUAUCAGGAUAACGUGUACUCCGAGGGAUGUCAGUUCCAUUCCUUCAAAAAGAUUCUGUAUGAGAUGGGACCAGAGUAUUACAACAAUGUAGAACUAGUCUCCUUCCAUUCCACCUCAAAGGGAUACAUGGGCGAGUGCGGCUACCGAGGAGGUUAUAUGGAAGUGAUUAAUUUGCAUCCAGAGAUCAAAGGACAGCUUGUUAAGCUUCUCUCUGUUCGUCUCUGUCCUCCAGUAUCUGGACAGGCAGCUAUGGAUAUUGUAGUGAAUCCUCCAGUACCUGAAGAAGAAUCUUACGUACAGUUCAUCAAGGAAAAGGAGUCUGUAUUAAACAAUCUUGCCAAAAAAGCUAAGCUAACAGAAGACUUGUUUAAUCAAGUACCAGGAAUUUACUGCAAUCCACUUCAGGGAGCUAUGUAUGCUUUCCCAAGGAUCUUUAUUCCUUCCAAAGCUAUUGAGGCAGCAAAGGGUAAUAAAAUGGCUCCUGACAUGUUCUACUGCAUGAAACUUCUGGAAGAAACUGGUAUCUGUGUCGUACCAGGCAGUGGGUUUGGCCAAAGAGAAGGAAGUUACCAUUUCAGAAUGACUAUUCUCCCUCCCGUAGAGAAACUGAAGAUUCUACUGGAGACAGUGAAAGACUUCCAUAUAAAGUUUCUGGAAGAAUAUGCAUGAAAGACAUUCUGAUUUCCCCACCACCACCCCCCAAAAACCAAAUGCAGAAAAUGAACAAAGAUGUGCUGAAAAUGAGCUAUUCAUCUAAACUGAGUUCACAAUAGUUAGAGCCCAUCUAUGGGAUAAAACUACUACUGUUUCCUGAACAAUUAAAUAUAAUACCUGGUGUGGAACAUA